CCUCUCUGGGCGCUGGGCCUCCGGGAGCGCCGCGCAGAGCCCAGGGCGCCCAGGGGAGGCCGCGUCGCCGCCGCGCGUGGCCAGAGCGGGCGUCGCACGGAGACGGCUGUCCCCUGAAAUGUGACCCAGCCCCGCCACCCAUGCGGGUCCCCGGUCUCCCGGCGCCAGGCCGCCCGGCCCUGUCGUUGCUGCUGCUGCCGCCGCUGCUGCUGCUGCUGGUGGCGGCGCCGUGGGGACGAGCAGUUCCCUGUGUCUCUGGCAAUUUGCCUAAACCUACAAAUAUCACCUUCUUAUCCAUAAACAUGAAGAACAUCCUACAAUGGAAUCCACCAGAGGGUCUACAAGGAAUUGAAGUUACUUAUACUGUGCAGUAUUUCAUAUAUGGGCAAAAGAAAUGGCUGAAUAAAUCUGAAUGCAGAAAUAUCAAUAGGACCUACUGUGAUCUUUCCUCUGAAACUUCCGACUAUGAGCACCAAUAUUAUGCCAAAGUUAAGGCCAUUUGGGAAACAAAUUGCUCCAAAUGGGCUGAAACUGGACGAUUCUAUCCUUUUUUAGAAACACAAAUCGGCCCACCAGAGGUUGCUCUGACUACUGACGAGAAGUCCAUUUCUGUUAUCCUGACGGCUCCAGAGAAGUGGAAGAGAAAUCCAGAAGACAGUUCUGUUUCCAUGCAACAAAUCUACUCCAAUCUGAAGUAUAACGUGUCCAUAUAUAAUACUAAAUCAAAUAGAAUGUGGUCCCAAUGUGUGACCAACCACACGCUGGUGCUCACCUGGCUGGAGCCAAACACUCUGUACUGCGUCCACGUGGCGUCCUUCGUCCCCGGGCCCCCUCGCCAAGCUCGGCCUUCUGAGAAGCAGUGUGUCAGGACUUUGAAAGAUCAAUCUUCAGAGUUCAAGGUUAAAAUCAUCUUCUGGUAUGUUUUGCCCAUAUCUGUCACGGUGUUUCUUUUUUCUGUGAUGGGCUAUUCCAUCUACCGAUAUAUUCACGUCGGCAAGGAGAAACACCCAGCAAAUUUGAUUUUGAUUUAUGGAAAUGAAUUUGACAAAAGAUUCUUUGUGCCUGCUGAAAAAAUCGUGAUUAACUUUAUCACCUUCAAUAUUUUGGAUGAUUCUAAAAUUUCUCAUAAGGAUAUGAGUUUACUGGAAAAAAGCAGUGAUGUAUCAUCCAACCUUAAUGAUACCCAGAACCCGGAGCCACCCCAGGAGAACGUGGAGGUGGAACACUUAGGGUAUGCUUCGCAUUUGAUGGAAAUUUUCUGCGACUAUGAGGAAAACACCAAAAAUACUUCCCUCUCCCGGCAGGAGUCACUCAGCAGAACAAUACCCACAGAUAAAACAGGCAUUGACUAUGAAUAUGACGUAAGAACCACUGACAUUCGUGUGGGGCCUGAAGAUCCAGAGCUCAGUUUGCAGGAGGAAGCUUCCAUACAAGGAAGAGUAUUCGAGCAACAGGCAGCUUUGGCAAACUUGGGCCCACAAACGUUACUGUACUCACGCACCCCUCAGCUCAGAGACUUACACCACCAGGCACAGGAGCACACACACUCAGAAGCAGGGCCCGAGGAAGAGCCAUCGGCGACCCUGGUCGAUUGGGACCCUCGAACUGGCCGGCUGUGUAUACCUUCCCUGUCUAGCUGCGACCAGGACUCCGAGGGCCGUGAGCAUCCUGCGAAUGAUUGUCUCACGGAGGAGGGCCUUUUAGCCAGACUCCAUGAGGAGCAGGCUCCAGACAAGCCACCAGAGGAAAAUGAAACCUAUCUCCUGCGAUUUAUGGAGGAGUGGGGGUUAUAUGUGCAAAUGGAGAACUAACGUCAAAACUUCCCUUUGCCAGACCCUCGUGUGACAUGGCUUGUGAGCGCAAACAGAUGAGUGACCCGACAAUAAAGUACCUUCCUGGGAUAAAAGAAGUUUAUUCAGAUUUUUCAGUGUUAGUGAGAAUUACUUAUUUCUUCUCUCUGUGCUCAUAGCACUUGUUUGGACCUGCCGCCUGGGGUGGUUGGUUCAUGCAUGUGGGUCUCCUGCAGUGGUGGUGGGCACCUAGAGUGCAGCGGCUGGCCCGUCGCAUUCUACAGAGGGAGCAGUUAAUAAAUGUUUGCCAGACUGGGUGCAGAAUUCAUUCAGGUGGUUUUACUGUGGCCUCUUUGUUUAUUAUUUUCCAACAAGCACAAGUAUUCAAUUAUUUUCUGGGU